CGCCCCGGCCGGCGCGCGGGUCACGUGAGCGGCGGCGGCGGCGGCGUCAGCUGAUCGCGGCGCGGCGGCGGCGGCGAUGGACUUUCUGCUGGGGAACCCCUUCAGCUCCCCCGUGGGGCAGCGCAUCGAGAGAGCUACCGAUGGGUCCCUGCGGAGCGAGGACUGGGCUCUCAACAUGGAGAUCUGUGACAUCAUUAACGAGACUGAAGAAGGGCCCAAAGAUGCCUUCCGAGCCAUUAAGAAGAGAAUUGUAGGGAACAAGAACUUCCAUGAAGUUAUGCUGGCUUUGACGGUCCUGGAGACAUGUGUCAAAAACUGCGGCCAUCGCUUCCAUGUCCUUGUGUCCAGCCAGGAUUUUGUAGAAGGUGUCCUGGUGAGAACAAUCCUGCCGAAGAACAACCCACCUGCCAUAGUGCACGACAAGGUGCUGACCCUCAUACAGUCCUGGGCAGAUGCCUUCCGUAGCUCACCAGACUUGACUGGUGUCGUUGCUGUCUAUGAAGACCUGAGACGGAAGGGCCUAGAGUUCCCCAUGACUGAUCUGGACAUGCUGUCACCCAUCCACACACCACAGAGGACUGUGUAUAGCACUGACUCCCAAUCCGGACAGAACUCACCUGCAGUCAACUCCCCUCAGCAGAUAGAGUCCAUCCUCCACCCUGUCACCUUGCCCACUGGAAGAGGCUCAUCCAGCGACGCACCCAUCACACCCACACCAGAGCAGAUCGGGAAGCUGCGCAGUGAGCUGGAAGUGGUGAAUGGGAACACAAAAGUCAUGUCAGAGAUGUUGACGGAGCUGGUGCCAUCCCAGGCUGAGCCUUCUGACCUGGAGCUGCUGCAAGAGCUGAAUCGGACAUGCAGAGCCAUGCAGCAGCGUGUACUGGAGCUGAUUCCCCGUGUCCUCCAUGAGCAACUCACUGAGGAGCUGCUUCUCAUCAAUGACAACCUCAAUAACGUGUUUCUGCGCCAUGAAAGGUUUGAGCGCCUCCGGACAGGACAGCCUGUCAAGGCACCAAAUGAGACAGAGAACAGCCUGAUUGAUCUGGGACCCAGUACUCCUUCUGCAUUAAAACAGGCUGAAGUCACCAACAACCUUUCCUCUCAGCUGGCUGGAAUGAACCUGGGCUCGAGCAGCGUAAGUGCGGGGCUGCACUCCCUCGACACCUCUGGCAAGCUGGAAGAAGACUUUGACAUGUUUGCCCUGACCCGUGGCAGCUCGCUGGCUGAGCAGCGCCGAGGGGUAAAGUACGAAGAUCCCCAAGCCACCAAAGGACUCGCUGGUGCCCUGGAUGCCCGGCAGCAGAACACAGGAACAGUGCCAGUUCCUCAAGCCAAUUUCAUGGAAGACAUAGAAAAGUGGCUCUCUACUGAUGUGGGAGAAUCAGAGGAUGCAAAAGGUGUCACCAGUGAAGAGUUUGACAAAUUUCUGGAAGAGCGAGCGAAAGUUGCGGACCGCCUACCCACUUUGUCCAGCUCCUCAGCAGGGACAUCUGUCUCCCCUCCAACUGCCAGCCAUCAUCGGAAGCAAGCAAAGGAAGAUGAUGCUAUGUUUGCUUUGUGAAUGCUAUGGACCGGUGUGCUGUGGAGCAAGAGGCUGUGUGUGCGGUUUUGCUUGCCUCCAACCAGGGGCCAGCAGAGGAAGGACUCUGUCCCCUUCCUCCAUUCUCUUCCUCUUUUACCUUUGAGUUGUUUUUAUUAUUAAGCUGCUUUCAGACUUCAGAUAAUCUUUGUUGUGUUUAGGGAUAUCACACAAUAGACUUGUGAAGGGGGGUUUCAAAGCUGCUAGAGAAUGUGGGAGUUCAGUGGGCUUUUCUCUUUUUGGUACAGUGUGGGCAAAGCAGAAGAAGCUCUGGAAGAAGCUCCCCAUCCUACUCUCCGAUGACAUAGUUAGAGAUCUUGCCCAAGAAAAAGGAGAGGCUGCAGUCUGCUGCUGAAAUCAUUCCUGCCUGCCUCUUCCCUCCCCCCUUCCCUAGAAUGGAUAUCCAGCCCUCUGCUCGGCAGAAUUAGACUGGAAAGCACAGGGAUGUGAAGCAUUACUGGUGGCCAAGGAAGAACACUAUUGAUAGAGGGAACCUGUUGCUCUAAUCUCUCUUGCACAAGUGCUUGUGGUAUGCAACACCUUCCCACUCACAACCCCUUCUCUUCCUUUCCUCCCCCUCCCCAUCAGUUUAUCCAGAAUCCUACCCACAGUCCAGACGUUUCCAUUGCAAGACAGCCAGUUACCCAGGCCCUUGGCAGCACACAAGGCUUGAGCUGCGAGCGGUACCCCAGGCUGAAGGAGCUGUCUCCCGUGGGGUAGGAUGUGCCUUCAGCAAACCAUCUGCAGUUAAUUUAAUUCUCCCAUUAUUAUACUUUUCUCCCGAUGUGAUCCUACCCCCCUCUCUCACUUCCACUGAUGCCUUCCACCACAUCGUGCCGUGGUGUGGGGAGUCUCUCCAUAUAGACUCCUUCAGAGUAGCUGUGUGUUCUGGGAUCGCAGAGCUGGGUUCCCUAAAGCAGGAGGCCCUUACAUUGGCACUGUUACACCACUGGGGGGAACAUGCUGUUGCUGCAGUAGCUUGCUCAGCUGGUGAGAACAGGGGCAAAGCGAGACAUCCAUCAUCCCAUGCCAGCCAAGCAGUCCUGGAGCAGCCAGGAGCUCCUUUGCACAUGGGGAGCAAAACCCUUCAGAGCAAACCACACCUGGUGCCCGAUUGUAAAUGAAAACCAGGGAGGAGGGUGCCAAGCCCAGGGCUCCUGCUCGUGGGAUUUCUUGUUGAGCGUGGGAGAGUUGCCUUUUUUUACUGCACAUUAAAGGAGCAAAGAUUUGAGCCUCCCUUGAA